GCAGGUAUGUCAGGGCUUUGGAAAUGGAAGUCUCUAGAUUGCAGCUUCUGGUCCGGCAGGUCCGUCUUCUAAUUUAUAUGGCAUGGUGGAUGCAGAAUAUUUUAACAAGUCGAACAGCUGCAAGCGAAGCUCGCUCAAUGUGAAAAAUCCCGUGCUACAAGUGAACCCAUGGCGAAGACCCUGGAACUCUCUCUUCCCGAUUGCCUGCCGUCUAUUGUGGAAAUAUCUUUCAAGAAAGAGGAGACCGAUGAAGAUGAGGGCAUUGCAGAAGGAUUCAAGUGCAUGAACCUUGACGACGCGCGUGUCCGUUUCAUGGGUCGGUCCAGCAGCUUCGCUCUGAUCAGGGCUGCAGCAAAAAUGAAGCAGGACCUCGUAAAAGACGAGCAAAUCCCGUUACCCGGCCCGGUGUAUAGUCCCACGAUGUUUUCCAACCGGCGCUCAGAAUUCUGGUCAUAUUACACGGAUAUCUUCCCGCCAAGCCCUCCAUACACCGAAUUCCCGGAGCCCGUCAUCAUGAAUGAGCUCCUCGACGACUACUUUCGGACCAUCCACGUGAAUUUCCCUCUGCUGCACCGCCCGACGUUCUUGCAGAACAUUGCCUCAGGACUGCACCUCGUCGACGAAGGCUUCGGCGCGACGGUACUGCUCGUGUGCGCCUUAAGCGCGCGUUUCUCGACCAAUCCUGUCGUGCUCCCGCCUGGGUCGACGAACUGGUGGUGGGCGGGCUGGUGGUGGUUUUACCAGGUGCACGCCAUGCGCAAGCUCAUCCCACUCACUGUGACCACGCUGUACGAUCUGCAGGUCGCUGCGCUCUCUGCAGCGUAUGUCGCCACCUUGGCGGUGCCACAGUCGAACCACGCCGUCCUCGGACACGGUCUAAGACUUGCGGAGGACGCGGGAGCUCACAGACGGAUGGCGUACGGGUCGGAGUCCACGGCCGAAGGCGAGUUGAAAAAGCGUGCGUUUUGGUGUUUGAUCGCAAUGGACAGGGGCAUGUGCACCGCUCUCGGAAGUCCGUGCAGCCUCCACGAUGAGGACUUCGAUCUUGACUAUCUCAUAGAAUGCGACGACGAAUAUUGGGCGACGGACGAUCCGCAGAAAGAUUUCAAGCAGCCUAGAGGACAACCUUCUACUAUUGCGCACUUCAACUGCGUUCUUACAUUACAGCGAAUAUACGUGCACGCGUUACGCACCAUUAAAUAUGAUCACAACAGGGAGGACAUCCCAUUUGCCGGCCAGUCCGCGUCGCUCUACGCGUUAUACUAUAACCUGCGAAUCUUCAUCCACCGGCCGUUCCUCACGAUGCCGCGCAAGUGUGCACCGCCACCUUUUCCGUCGUUCGUGAUCUGCACGAACGCAGCUCGGUCGUGCAUUCAGGCCCUCGAUAGAUGCUUUGCCCUGUCGGGACCGGCGAUGAUUUACCAACAUCAUCUCGUACGAGACACUUU